CUUCUAUGUAAACGUUCAAAGGUUAUGCUGAUAGGUUAAUUACUUUUUCGGUUUGCUUAAUUUCAGUGGACACAGAGCCUAGUACUAGUACAGCGCCAUGUCCAGCACGAGUCAAUCGUAUAAGCAUUGCCAGUAAUUUAUUACAACAGUGUAGCAGAGUAGUUGUAUAGCCUGGUAAUGCGGCAUUAAUUGGGGAGACCCCCCGAUGGAAGCAAUGUCCACUGUACCACGAAGCAUUUUUAAAAUUCCUUACGUUCCAUAAAUAGAGCCGAUCCUAACGUAUCUAACGCGCUUUUCAAGGGGGAAUUGGUUGUCUAUUUGGGGUGAACGAUCUAAGCAGCUCGUACUUGCUUGUCCAUCGGGCCCAUCUGAACUCGCCCAGGCCUUAGGCGGACCCAGUUCGAUCGGUGGCCCGUGUGCGGCAAGGAGAAGUGCCGCGCGUGCAAGGAAAAAAACUAGUCGUUUUUUUGUAAUAGUCACCGACCUGCCUUGCCUCAAGCUGUGUCAAGAUAUUUGGACAAACGUUUUGUUUAGCUAAGGAAAAACACAGCUGUGGACAGUUAGGUUAGUUACAUGCUCACAAUACUGCAGUGCUUGCCAUCAUAGCUGCCAUGAAGCGCACCGUCGCCAAUUAGCCACGCAGGCCAUGUCACCUGCCCCUGCUGUCAGACUCAGGACCAUGCCAUGCUGGGAUGCAUGUGGAACUUGGUGGCAUGCCAGCGGCCCCGCACCUGCACCUGCACCUGCACCUGCACCUGCGCCGGAGCCUCCGCCUGCACCCCAGCCGCCGCCUCUGGAGCCCCCGACUGCACCCCCGCCUGCGCCUGCACCACCUGUGGAACGCCCGCCGCUGCUGCUGCGGCGGCGGCUGCACCCGCUAGCAUCCCACUCCUGCCGCCGCUGCUGCUAGCAGCCCCCCUGCUGACGCCCUCGGUGGACCCGGGCAGCAGCACCACCCCCACCCGACACUCUGCUCCCGAGGGAUGCUUCAGGCCGGGGGAACUGUCCUCAUGCAGGGUCACACACAGCAGCGGCGGCGGCGGCGGCGGCGGUGAUGACGGUGCUGGCGGCAGCGCCGGAGGUGUCGGCGGCGGCAGCACAGCACGUGCCUCACGACCGCUUCCAACGUCAAGGCUGCUCCCGCCGUGCAAGGCGCCGAGUACAUGACUGGCGGGCGGCACCUGCGGCACCCAACACACGUCCCAGGCCAGCAUGGGCGACGCAACGCUGACACGUCGGCCGCCACGUCGGCCGCCACCUCUGCUGCCACUUCUGCCACCUCUGCUGCCGCCACCUCUGCCGCGGGCGCUGUCCUCGCCAAGGCCUUGGCGUCGCGCCUGACGUGGCGGCUGCACCCGGAGCUCGACCCCAGCAGCAGUAGCGCCGUUACGUCGCCCGCGUCCCCUACCCCGUGGCGUUGGCGGCGGUGCUGGCGGCGGCGGCGGCGGCGGCGGUAGCAGCGGCACCGUCCUAAGUACGGAACCCGCCGGCAUGCCGCCGCUGCCGUACGGCCCCGCCAGCUCCACCAGCCCUGUGUCGUACGACGUCACCCACAGGCUGCCGCCAUCAGGGGAGAAGCGCAGGCCUGAGGGCCGACGCAGCGGGGCGUCCCGGUGCGUG